AUCCUUUCCUGCGUUGAGCAACUAGUUAUAACAAUUGAUUGAACCCCUCCUUCUGACCAGAAACACCGUAUACCUGUUUCCCAUCAAGUCAAUCCGGUCAAUUGAGCCAAACUUCGUAUUUCAAUGUUCUUGGGGGUCAGUCGAGGACCCGUGUCAACACUCCGGUUGCCCACCGCCUGGAGUCCGAUAGUCGCCCGCCGCUCAGUGUCUGCUUCUUGCUGUUCGUCCGUUUGUCGCACAUCCGCAACGCUGGCUCCCCCCACCAAACAAGCCCCCUCCCCCCCUCCUCCUCCCGCCGCAGCCUCAUCCUCCUCCUCCUCCUCUUCUUCUCUCCCUCCUUCUUCUUCUCCCCUUCGUUCUUCGGUUUUGUCUGUUUCAAACCGUACUGCUCUUCUAGCUAGACACUUUUCUUCUGUGUCCGCUACCACACACUCGCCCACCAUGUCUUACACCGUCCGCAAGAUUGGCCAGGCCAACACCCUGGAGCACCGUGUCUUCAUCGAGAAGGAUGGCAAGCCCGUUUCUCCCUUCCACGACAUUCCCCUUUACGCCGAUGAGGCCAACAACAUCUUCAACAUGGUUGUUGAGAUCCCCCGCUGGACCAACGCCAAGCAGGAGAUCUCCAAGGAGGAGUUCCUCAACCCCAUCAAGCAAGAUGUGAAGAAGGGCAAGCUCCGUUACGUCCGUAACUGCUUCCCCCACAAGGGUUACCUCUGGAACUACGGUGCCUUCCCCCAGACCUGGGAAGACCCCAACAACAUCCACCCCGAGACCAAGGCCAAGGGUGACAACGACCCGCUUGACGUCUGCGAGAUUGGUGAGCUUGUCGGCUACCCCGGUCAGGUUAAGCAGGUCAAGGUCCUCGGUGUCAUGGCCCUGCUCGACGAGGAGGAGACCGACUGGAAGGUCAUCGUCAUCGACAUCAACGACCCCCUUGCCAACAAGCUGAACGACGUUGAGGACGUCGAGCGUCACCUCCCCGGUCUUCUCCGUGCCACCAACGAGUGGUUCCGUAUCUACAAGAUCCCCGACGGAAAGCCCGAGAACCAGUUCGCUUUCUCCGGCGAGUGCAAGAACCAGAAGUACGCUCUCGAGGUCAUCCGUGAAUGCCGUGAUGCUUGGGAGAAGCUGAUCUCCGGCCAGGCCCCCAAGGGUGAUGUCAGCAUUGCCACCAGCGUCUACGAGGGCGUUGAGCGCGCUGACGCCGCCAAGGUUGCCAGCAUCCCUAAGGGUGAGAACCUUCCUCCUGCUCCCAUCGACGGCAGCGUUGACAAGUGGUUCUUCAUCUCCGGUGCUGCUGUUUAAAUCUGUACAAAUUAAAAAUACACACUUAUUCCCCCACCUACGGGUGAUUCAUUUACUUCAACAUCUACCACCUGCUCUGACAAUCUAUCGUAGCAAGAGCCAUGUCA